ACUUGCAGCUAGAGAGCGAGCUGCAGGCAGUAGCCUAGCGGAGACGGGCCCGGGUGGGCAAGCGUACGGCCAUGGCCCCGUGGCUGCAGCUCUGCUCCUUCUUCUUCACUGUCAACGCCUGUCUCAACGGCUCGCAGCUGGCAGUGGCCGCGGGCGGCUCCGGCCGCGCGAGGGGUGCCGACACCUGUGGCUGGAGGGGAGUGGGGCCAGCCACCAGGAACAGCGGGCUUCACAACAUCACCUUCAGAUAUGACAACUGUACCACCUACUUGAAUCCCAUCGGGAAGCACGUGAUCGCUGACGCGCAGAACAUUACCAUCAGCCAGUAUGCUUGCAAUGACCAAGUGGCAGUCACCAUUCUUUGGUCCCCAGGGGCCCUUGGCAUUGAAUUCCUAAAAGGAUUCCGAGUAAUCCUGGAGGAGCUGAAAUCCGAGGGAAGACAGUGCCAACAACUGAUUCUAAAGGACCCCAAACAGCUCAACAGCAGCUUCAAAAGAACUGGAAUGGAAUCUCAGCCUUUCCUGAACAUGAAAUUUGAAACGGAUUACUUUGUAAAGAUUGUCCCUUUCCCUUCCAUUAAAAAUGAAAGCAAUUACCAUCCCUUCUUCUUCAGAACCCGGGCCUGUGACCUGUUGUUACAACCCGACAACUUGGCCUGUAAGCCCUUCUGGAAGCCUCGGAACCUGAACAUCACUCAGCACGGUUCUGAUGUGCAAGUGUCCUUCGACCACGCACCACAGACUUUUGGCUUCCGCAGCUUCCACGUUCACUAUAAGCUCAAGCACGAAGGCCCCUUCCGACGGCGGACCUGCAGGCAGGACCAGAAUACAGAGACAACCAGCUGCCUCCUCCAAAAUCUUUCUCCAGGGGAUUAUAUCAUUGAGCUGGUGGAUGACAGCAACACCACCAGGAAAGCGGCGCAGUACGUGGUGAAGUCAGUGCAGUCUCCCUGGGCGGGACCCAUCCGAGCUGUGGCCAUCACCGUGCCUCUGGUUGUCAUAUCCGCCUUCGCAACGCUGUUCACUGUGAUGUGCAGAAAGAAGCAACAAGAAAAUAUAUAUUCACAUUUAGAUGAAGAAAGCCCCGAAUCCUCCUCAUACACCGCGGUUCUCCCCAGAGACCGGCUCCGGCCGAGGCCCAAGGUCUUCCUCUGCUACUCCAGCAAAGACGGCCAGAAUCACAUGAACGUGGUCCAGUGUUUCGCCUACUUCCUGCAGGAUUUCUGUGGCUGUGAGGUGGCUGUGGACCUAUGGGAAGAUUUCAGCCUCUGCAGAGAGGGGCAGAGAGAAUGGGUCAUUCAGAAGAUCCACGAGUCCCAGUUCAUCAUUGUCGUGUGCUCCAAAGGCAUGAAGUACUUUGUGGAUAAGAAGAACUUCAGACACAAGGGAGGCAGUCGCGGCGCAGCGCAAGGAGAGCUCUUCCUAGUGGCCGUGGCCGCCAUUGCUGAGAAGCUCCGUCAGGCCAAGCAGAGCUCAUCAGCCGCGCUGAGCAAGUUCAUCGCAGUCUACUUUGACUAUUCCUGUGAAGGGGAUGUGCCCUGCACCCUGGACCUGAGCACCAAGUACAAACUCAUGGACAACCUUCCUGAGCUCUGUUCCCAUCUGCACUCGGGAGAGCAGGGGACGCUGGGGCGGCACCCGGGGCACAGCAGCAGGAGGAACUACUUCCGGAGCAAAUCGGGCCGCUCCCUGUACGUUGCCAUUUGCAACAUGCACCAGUUUAUUGAUGAGGAGCCUGACUGGUUUGAGAAGCAGUUUAUACCCUUCCAACGCCCCCCUGCGCACUACCGGGAGCCCGUCCUGGAGAAAUUUGACUCGGGUUUGGUUUUAAAUGAUGUCAUAAGCAAACCAGGGCCAGAAAGUGACUUCUGUCUAAAAGCUGAGGCUUCUGUACUUGGGGCCACUGGGCCAGCUGACUCUUACUCAUACCUGGAGAAUCAGCACGCAGGCCUGGACCAAGACGCCGAGGCUCCGCCCACCUGUGAUAGCAGCCCUGCCUUGCAGCCCCUGUUGCAUGCACUGAAAGCUGGCAGUCCCUCGGAUAUGCCACGGGACUCGGGCAUAUACGAUUCCUCUGUGCCCUCAUCAGAGCUGUCUCUGCCUCUGAUGGAAGGACUCUCCCCUGAUCAGAUAGAAACCUCUUCCCUGACCGAGAGCGUGUCGUCCUCCUCUGGCCUAGGUGAGGAGGACCCUCCUACCCUCCCUUCCAAGCUCCUUGCCUCUGGGAUGUCCAAAGGAGAACACAGUUGCCACAUUGGCUACGCCGAUGACCUCCAAGCGGUUGACCCUUUGUAAGGCCACGGAAGAAUCUAAGCAUUGCCACUUUAGCUGCUGUUCCUCGCUGGUUCCCUAGCUCACCUCUGUGGUCGUGCAGCCUGCUUGGAGCUGAGGGCUCACACGAGGAUAUCUGGAAUGAAAUUCUGGCUGGCGCUCGAUCCGUUCUGCUCCAGCCUUCUAACGGAGUACUGAGCGAAGUCUCCCAUUUCCCAAAAGCAUAUGGAACCCUGAAAGAAAGGCAUGUCUGUUAGAUCUGACUGCAGCUGUCCGUGGGAGGCCGAUCCUCGGAUCGGAGCCUGUUCUGAGUGGUAGAGGGGAAACAGGUCAAGGGAAAUGGGAAAGCACCGCACAGCCUGCUCUGGCUUCACUUGAACUCCGGCUGCUUAGACUCAGCAUGCUUUGUGGAAAAGCCCUCUGACAGCAUCCUGACAGCUAUGCAUGUCAAGUACCGCUGCGACCCAGGCUGUGCUGCAAGUGAUGUUUCCAUCCAUUUUGAUGUGGAGCUUACACUGUCCUGAGUGUUAAGUAAACUUUGAGUCCAAGGUCCAGACAAUGAACAUCCGACCAGUCACUUUUUGUAAAACAACUCUCUAUUACUGGGAAACAUGGCCAACUAGCACCGAAUCCCCCUACCUGUGGAGCAGGCUGACCAUCUUGACCUGUUCCCUGGGAACAUGAAACGGGUUGAUUAAUGUGCAGAAGGUGUCAGAACCUGGGCAUUUUCCCCGCAUUGAAGUAGCCAUCAUGUGGGAGCCACAGCCGUCUGUUUAGUUGCCUUGAGCUACAUUUACUGCUCUGUAAAUGUGGUGACGGCUGGACAGGGAGGACUGUUAUCCAUUACCCAGCUGGGCAGCAACAUUAUUGGAGUUUGUGGUCUAUAUUUCUGCUGGUGCUGUGUCUUGAAUGUUAGUGGUCAGAAUCCACUAAUAUGCGGUCGUGUAUGGGAGACGGUGGCCAGUUAAUCUGCUGGUUUUGACAAGUGACAAACCUCCUUUUCAGAAGGCAGAAAGGAGGGGAUUGUUACAAAAGUAAAUGUUCUAUUUUUUUAUGAAUGAGUCUUGUAUAGAAAUUCUGUUUCCAAAGGUAAAAUCUCUUCUCAUGCUGUACGUUAAUUCGAUGUAUUUAAUGAUGUGUCCGCCUCCUCCAUGGAAACCCUCACGCCUCGCCUGGCGCACUGUGUGAGCGUCCUUCUCCACUGUUAUCAUGGGUGCUGUUGGAUUUUGGCAGCCUAUUUUCUCAGCAUCCUGUCAGGAACUAUUGAUUUUUCUAAUCCCUCCACCAGACUGGACCGGCAUUAAGGGUGUUGCUGAGGAAGAUGCCCAGGUCGGGUGUGGAGGUGAGAUGGGCGGGGAUUUUCCUUCUGGGCACCUUUUCCGUGAGGAGAGAAGAGAAGCCUCAGUUCCUGCUGAGGAGCGGUUUGUCUGUAGUUUGGAUGAAAGCAUCCUCUCCCGGCUUUCCCUGCUUUCCCUGUUCUCCCUGCUCUCCCUGCACAGGCAGCUGGCAGCCUCUCAGGAGAACGUGCUCCUGUGUUCUCUGGCAGAGAACAGAGCAGCUGCUCUGGGCAAGCUGUGAGCUGGUCUCGCCGUAAAACCAGGCCUCUCUGCAGAGGCGCUUGUGCCAUAUUAUCACUGUGGAAUCCAGACUGAGCGGACAGAGUUCCCACCUCCACGGGGCUCUCCUUGCCGAGCUCAGUCUUGGCAUUCAUUCUGUGAGGGAGAUUGGUGGGUCCACAUUGCUAAUGUAUGACCGUUCCCUGGGAACAUCAUCAGAGAAUUUUUUUUCUCUUUUUAAAUUGAGGCCAAGAAAUAUUUUAUGUCCCUCCAAAGAGCCAUUAGAAACCACAUUUAGGAUAGAUACUCAGCUCUGCGUACAGAAUGUGGGGUCUCUGUGAGUACCCAGGAGCAGCGUGGGGCUUUUUAUGGCUUAGCAUUAGCUGGAUCCCAGGCCCAGGCAGAGAGCUCUGCGGAAUUCAGAUGAGAAAAUUGGAGGGAAGUCCUGCAAGCCAUCUAGCUUGCUAGUCCAAAAAAUCAGGGUCAGGUGAUGUUUUUGUUUGUAUUUAGUUAUCGGGUGCUUUUAUUUUGACACACAAGUGUUUCUUAUCAAAAGAGCCAGAUUCUAGCAUGCCAGGCAAUAAAACAACAGCAGGGUUGCUUAAUCCAGAAGGAGAGGAGCGUGGGUGGAGCCCCCUCCCCAUACACCUCAUCGCUGAGCCAGGAAUGAGAACUGCCUUGCAGGUGAAGGCUUGGCCCUAGUUCUGAACAGAGCUGCAGUCUCUGACUCUGAAUUGCCCCGUGGAAUAGAAUAGAGAAAGGUUCUGACAAGGCGCCAGCUUUUUGAUGGCUGUGGGGAACCGAGGUUGGGGCUGAGAGCGAAUGGUUUGUGGAGAAAUAGACCACGCCCACUGGAAGGGAGGCCAAAGGCGAGGCAGGAGUGCUGAGGAGGCCAGAGUACCAGGAAACCAAGAAAGUAGUUGACCUGUGUUUAUGAGUGUCCCACAAGUGCUUCUGAUGCAUCUGACUGACCCAGAGGUGAGUCAGAAACGUAGCUCGCCUGCCCUUGAAGCCCAGACUCACCACGUCAUAGUGGUACAUGUUGCUAAUUUUCUUGACAACCUUUAGUGGCAGGUCCUCCGACUUUUACGUAAGUACCUAAGUAGGAAGCUGUUCCCCCAAAGUGCGGGGUUGCAGGAGCUUUUCAGAAGGAAUAGGGAAGCUAUAUUCCUGGAGGUGAACCGACACACCCUCGCUCCAGGAAGAAAGGGAAAGUCCCUAGCUACCUCAACCCAAGAGAACAUUCUGCCAUUAUUGAGAAAAGAUAGGCAAUGCCAACGUGAAGGUUUCUAGUCUUUUUUAAAAAAAAAAUCCUCUGUUGUUGGGGAUGACUGCUGGUAAUUGGCAAAGUUUGUGUUUUCUGGGGCACCAGUAUACCUGGGUAUAAGAAAAAGAGUAACAUAGCACCUUGGGGAGACACAAUAGGGCAUGGUGACGACUGGAGCAAACCAAGGCCCCUUGUCCAGCCUUGAGGAGAGAACAUUCCAGAUGAGUGUCUCGAUACAGUAUUCCCUGGGCUUCUUGGUUUUCAAGAAGCUGAGAAUGUCUCAUUUUGAAGCUGUUAAUGUCUACUGCUGGCAAGACAGCUCAGCAAGUAAAAGCACUUCCAAAACAAACCCAGGCAACCUAAGUUUAGUCCUUGGAACCCACAGUGGAAGGAGAGAGAAUGUAUUCAUGUAUCUGUGUAUACACAUGCACACCACCAAAAUCGCAUGCAACAACAACAAAAAACAAAAUAAGCCAAACAUCACUGAUGAAACUUUGGAAAUUACUAAAGUGAACCCAGGACCAACAGAACAUGUAGAUAAAUCUAAUUUUGCACAAUGGCUGCCAGGUUGUGAAUUGUGCUUUGUAUGAUGGGCAGUGAAAACCACCCGCAGUAAUUGUGCUUCUGUGGAGCCCUGAGAAAAGCUGUCUUAGCCCUAUCCUUCAAACAAACUUGAUGAUUUUGCUUCUUAAAACAGGGUCUUGUGUAGCCCAAGCUAGCCCUAAACUCCUGAUACUUCCCUUUCUGGUAUGCACCAUGACACACAGCCUUAAUAUGAUUCUUAAUGCAUUUUAAACAUUUUGAGCCGGGCAGUGCACACCAUUAAUUGCAGCACUUGGGAGGCGGAGGCAGGUGGAUUUCUGAGUUCAAGGCCAGCUAGGUCUACAGAGUGAGUUCCAGGACAGCUAGGGCUAUACAAAGAAACCUUGUCUCAAAAAAAAAAAAAAAGGAUUAAAAAAGGUUUUUUGAUAGUGUCUUUUAUAUUUCAUAAUGUCUCAAGAGAAAGGCAGGUCAGCCGUUUUUUGUUGUUGUUGUUGGUAGUGGUGGUGGUUUUUCGAGACAGGAUUUCUCUGUAGACCAAGCUGGCCUCAAACUCAGAAAUCUACCUGCCUCUGCCUCCCAAGUGCUAGGACUAGAGGUGUACGCUGCCUCCGCCGCCACCACCACCAUCAUCCUGCUGCUGUUGAUUUCAAAGUCAGAUCUAUAUCGUCCUAUAUUUAAAAAGAAAAAAAGCAGGCAACAGUUGCAUUUAAACCCCUAGACUUUAGGGCCUUAUUUAUAGUUUAGUUCUACUUGUCGUCAUGAUCUGUGUGUGUGUGUGUGUGUGUGUGUGCAAUUCUGAGCUCCUGCCAGGGUGUUAUUAGGAGAAUGUAUUUGGGGACGAUAGCAAGGCUCUCCCGGAGUCUUUCAUACUGGGUUUUGCCAUCUUCCUUUCGCUGCAGUCUGGGACUGGCUCUUCUGGAGGAAUGCUAUAGGAGGUGGAGAAAAGCCUUUCUAUUGUUGAGAUACCAGGUGUCCCCAUGGUGUUUGGCCACCCUUGUCAUAUCACCACAUUUCCAGACCCAAGGGGGAAAGUCGGCCAAGGGAGAGCUAGCUGUAAGCGGUUGGGUUGGUUCUGUUCCAGUUUUAGAACUCGGUGGCGAAGAAAGACUGAGCUCACCCGGCACGUUCCCUCCUCCUCCGUGGCUCAAGACAGGCUGUGCUUGAGUUGUUCCAGGGUUGGUUCCAUACCGGUUUUAGAACUCGGUGGCGAAGAAAGACUGAGCUCACCCCGCACGUUCCCUCCUCCUCCUCCGUGGCUCAAGACAGGCUGCGCUUGAGUUGUUCCAGACACACCGCUGAGACUCUGGCUCUUCAGCGGAGGGGAUUCUGUAACCUCCCUGCUGAUCAGAUGGUUCUUUGUAUGUCUUCCUUGCAGAAAUUCAAACCAGCUUGCUUUUGUCUACAGCAUAGAGGAGAGAGAACAGCUGGUCACCUUCCCAGCAUUGAAAACUGCAGUGAGGUCAUCCCCUGGUGGUUCCCCCUGCCCCCCAGUAGUAAAUAAUCCCACCCACUUAAGGACUUUCGCAGCUCUUGUGCUCUGGGGGCUUAAUGAGUUUCACCACUCUUCUCAGCCCCACACUCAGUUCUGUUUAUCUGAAUGGCGCCCAGGCCCUGUUGGCUUGGGUGCCGCCUGACAACUGUGCUCCAGUUAGGAUUGCAGGGAGAUUGUGCUGGCCCACUGCUCUCGCCGCAUAAAAAUAUCAUGGCACUCUGAAAAACAUCAUACCACGGCGGGCGUUCAAUUAGAACACCACUUGUCCCCUCGGUGGUGGUCCUUUCUCUUGUGGUUUAUUCUCUCCCACGGGUGAACGGCCCGUGCUUAUUCCUGAUUUGUCUCUGUCUUCUUAAUCUGCAGACACUCUUUAACGCCAGCGCCUGCCUACCUUCUGAAUGGCAGCUACCCCACACACCAACCUGGGGUUCUAGUUUUACCUCUCUCUAGACUUGACCUGUAUUUUGUGAAUCGUAUAUUGUUUAAAUGUUGCAUACUUCACCAGAACCUCUGGCAAGGUGAGGCCAGAGGUGUCCAAGUGCCACCUUCCCACUUGCUGUUGGGGACUAAUUUCCAAACACCUUUGAAUGCCUCAAGGAGGGCCUCUGGAGACUUUUGGCCAGUUGCCUUCUUUCUGGCCCCUUGGCUCAUCCUUGAUACUUACCAGGGACCACAGAUACCUCCAGGCCCCGCCCCCUCUCCUCCAGGGCUGCAUCCACUGAUACCUCCAGGCCCUGCCCCUCCUCCAGGGCUGCGUAUCUCUCAGUUAAACACUGAUCAGUACAGGCAAGAGCCAGACAGAAGCAAUCAUCCCGACUGGAAAGCUAAUAUUUACAUCACAUGGACUCUGGCAGGAAGAGAAGGAGGAGGGGCGGCCCUGUGUGGCUACCACUGGAUUAUAUUCAUUGUGUUCACCUGUUUUUUGUUUUUUUAAAUCCAUCUUUCUUUCAAGCAUGUCAAGUUUGGACAGUAACAAAAACUUCUGUACAAACGCAAAGUGGUCACUUUGAGAGUAGCUUUGGUUUUCCUGAUCUGUUUAAAGACAAAAGUGUUUUUACUGUGGAAGCUUCCAUGUUAAGGAGGAAGACCCGUAGGCACAGUGAGGACUAGUGCCGUGGUUCUGUUUUAUAUAGGUUUGGCCUUUCUGGGAUUUUUGGCAGAAUGGUAAAGCACUGACAGCCUGUAGCACUGUGCCAUAGUUUUACAUUGGAGAUACUGGUGGUAUAUUGUGGUAUAUUUGACUGUACAAACUUUGUAAAUAGAUGAUAUAGAAAGUCAUGGCUGACAUUUGUAAGAUGCUUUUGUACCUUAGAAUUUUCUACAUCAAAUA